AAAAAAAAAACUAACAGCGAUAUAUAUAUUAAUAAAAAGUGUCUGAGUGUCUAAACUCGAGACAAGAACUAUUAUAUCAAUUAAAUUGGAUUUAUUAAAUCGCGCUGGUUACAAGCCACUUAAUUCACAAGUGAUUGAAGAGCAUUGUAACUAUUUAGUGAAGUGAUUCUUGUGUUUAAAAAAUUAAAACAUGUUGGAGUCUUUUAAUACAGUGGGAUGGCAAAGAUUCAAAAGUGCGUUGAUGCGGAAAAAAAUAAUCGACGCUUCAGCACCGGAAUCUAAAUUAUUAAAGUGUUUGACAACGCUAGACUUAACAGCCCUAAGUAUCGGAUCAACUCUUGGGGUUGGAGUGUAUGUUCUUGCUGGAAAUGUCGCAAGUAUCCAUGCAGGUCCCUCUGUGAUCAUUUCGUUUGUUAUUGCGGCUAUUGCUUCUAUAUUUGCAGGACUGUGUUUUGCUGAAUUUGGCACCAGAGUACCAAAAGCCGGAUCAUCUUAUGUCUACACGUACGUUACAAUUGGAGAAUUUGUGGGAUUUAUUAUCGGCUGGGUAUUGAUUCUUGAAUAUGUAAUCGGAGCAGCGAGUGUGGUACGAGCACUGACCAGUUAUAUUGAUGUAUUUACUCAUCAAGUUAUAAGCAAUGCGUUCAAAUCAUUCGCUAAAAUUGGAAUCCCGUACUUUUCACCCUACGUUGAUUUUCUUGCUUUUGGAAUCACUGUAUUGUUUUCAGUGGCUUUGGCGUUUGGUGCUAAGGAAUCAUCGUUAGCAAACAAUAUUUGUACUUUUAUUAAUUUAUCAAUUGUACUGUUUGUUAUUAUUGCUGGAUCAUUCAAAGCUGACAUGACAAAUUGGAAACUAAACGUUGAAAACUUACCGGAAAAAGAGGGUGUAAAUUAUGGAACUGGUGGUUUCGCACCGUUUGGAUUAAUGGGAAUAAUUUCUGGUGCUGGUGAAUGUUUCUACGGCUUUAUUGGAUUUGACUGUAUAGCGACGGCUGGCGAAGAAGCUAAAAACCCCAAAAAAUCAUUACCAAUAGCGAUCGUCGUUUCUCUAACAAUAGUUUUUUUGGCGUACUUUGGAAUCUCGAUAGUGCUAACAACUGUUCUACCUUAUUACGACCAAGAUAUUAACGCUCCUUUUAUUUACAUGUUCAACUCAAUCGGCUGGAAUUGGGCCACUUACAUUGUCAGUGUUGGUGCAUUCUGUGCUUUGACUACAAGUUUGGUCGGUGCUUUGUUCCCUUUACCGAGAAUUAUUUAUGCAAUGGCAUCAGACGGUUUGUUGUACAAAUGGCUGGGUCAUAUAAAUACUCGAUUCCACACUCCAAUGACUGGAACUUUGAUCGCAGGGCUUUUUACUGGAAUCCUUUCUGCGCUUUUUGACUUGAAACAUUUGUCUCAAAUGAUGAGUCUAGGUACACUGUUUUCGUAUUCUAUUGUUGCUGCGUGUGUUGUUGUUUUACGGUACAAAGAAAAUGAAAUGAAUGAAAAAAAACGACUAGUUAAAGAACCCAGAACGAUAAAAUAUAUUGCUAAGCAAUUGAUCAAUGCUAAUAAUUUAGUAUUUUCAACAAAACUUACGUCGGACAUAGUAUCUUGCCUCGUUACAAUUUAUGUAAUUGUCGGUUUCUUGUCUGCGGGAUUCAUUGUGAAAUUUUUAGAACACAUUAUUAAUGUGGAGAUUAGGGCAAUAAUCCUCCUUAGUGUUCUGAUCAUCACCAUGAUUGCCUUGCUAAUAUGCAUAUGUUUACAACCAACAUCUGAUAAAAAACUUCCGUACUCUGUACCGCUUGUACCUUUCUUGCCAGCAAUCAGUAUCAUGGUCAACUUUCUUCUUAUGUGGGGAGUGAGUAUAAGAACCUGGAUGCAAUUCGUCGGAUGGAUGGGAAUUGGUCUCAUUAUUUAUUUCACGUAUGGAAUAAAAAACAGUAUCAAUAGAACCAAACCAACACCAAAUGAAGUUUGUAAUUAAUAAUUUCAAUUAUCACAUAAGUUAACAGUUAAAAAUAAUUUUAUUGCUGUAUUAAUUAAUUAUAAAAUAUUUUUUUUGACAAUUUUUUAAUAAAGUUAAAUUUUUCUAAAA